AUGCCUCCACGAACCCUCCGAAAGCGCUCGCAUAGAGCAAGCUCACGCGAUACACAUUCCAAUUCAAAUCCUGACCCAAACGCAAAUACAAAUACAAAUGGUUCACCAAAUACAAUCACGGUGCGAACUACGACGACGACAACUACUACAAUGAUGGUUGAUAAGGAUGGUGUUGAGGUUGAGGGUAGUAGGAGAGUUAGUGGAGGAAGAACAAGUACUGGUGGGAGAACAAGCACUGGUUCUGGAGAGAAAAGACAGAGAGGAUUGGCGGAAUUUGGGGAGGGAGAGGGAGAGGGGGACGAGGAUUGGAAUACCGUGAAUGGUGUAAACAUGGCGAAUGAAACAAACGGAACAAGUGCAAUAACGACUGGUCCGAUGAGCUCCACCCAGGAUCAAGAGGAUACAAAUACACCCAAACGCAGAAGAAUCAGCACAACAAAUCGUGUAAAUGGCUCGAUUACUGUUACCGGAACUGGAGGGAGGGAAACACCGAGGGAAAGAACCAGGGAAAGAGAUGUUACAGUCAGCAUGGAGAACUCAUUGCCUUCGCCCCCUGCUGAAGCAGGCGAUAAUGGGCAUCAUGGAAAUCCGGCUGAGGCUGUUGUUGGAGAAAGAAGUUCACCUUCUGGGAAUAGAAGUGGUGGAAGUACUGGGACAGAGAUGGAGACAGCGAAGGAUGUUGACGAGAAAGAGAACGAUGAAGAAAAGGAUGAACAAAGGGAAAGAAACAUCGAUGAAGUUGUUUUUGGAGAUUUAUGCUUCAAGAGUUGGUAUUCGAGUUUCUAUACCCGCGAUGUCAUCGGAAAUGGAAUGAUAGAAAAUCAUUCUCAGAGUGUAAGUCAAGGAAGCGGAAAAAGUAGUAAGAGUGGAAAAAGUGGAAAGAGCGGCAAAAGUGGUAAGAGUGGGAAAGGGGGAGACAGAGAUUCGAGAGGACCAAAGGGUUUGCAGGUUGAUAGAUUGUUUGUCUGCAAUUGGUGCUUUGGAUACACAGUCCAUGGGGGAGAAAUGGCGAAACAUAGAGAAUGUUGUGAGCGUAAAGAAAGAGUGCCCGGAAAUUGUGUUUAUGAACAUGAUGAAAACGGGGAAUGGAGUGUUUGGGAAGUGGAUGGAGAGGUUGAGGGUACAUUCUCGCAAUCCCUGUCUCUCUUCGCCAAACUCUUCCUGGAUAAUAAAUCGGUCCUCUACGAUGUGCAGUCAUUUAAUUAUUUCCUUCUCGUUCACACCAAUCCCGGUACUAAAGAACAACAAAUCGUAGGGUUCUUCUCAAAGGAAAAGAUGUCAUGGGAUAAUAAUAAUCUAGCUUGUAUCCUUGUUUUUCCUCCAUGGCAAAAGAAGGGACUGGGAAGUAUUUUAAUAGGCACGAGUUAUGAAAUUAGUAGGAGAGAAGGACUACUUGGAGGACCGGAAAAACCAAUUAGCGAGUUGGGGAAGAAGGGAUAUGGGAGGUUUUGGGGGGCAGAGGUAGCGAGGUGGUUGUUGGAAUGUGAGGUUGGUGUGGAUACUUUAAUGGGAGAGGACGAGAUAGUGGAUGAGAAAGAGGAGCUUGAUGUUGAGGUGAUUAAAGUGGAAAAGAAACCACCGGCGAAGAAACCAUCUGGGAAGGGAAUGGGGAAGGGUUGGAGAAAGGGUAUGAAGGGUGUGGGCAUGCAACCUCAAUCUCUUUCUCAAUCGUCCUCUCAGUCAAAGGAAAAUCCAGGACCAGCACCCAAAUUAACACCAAAGGCAACAAAAUCGGCGCCAAAAUUGCCCGUAACACCGCCCAUGGAAGAUACCUGCGGCGCAACUACCGUGGAAGCUAUUAGUAAAGGCACAUGGAUAGCAGUAGACGAUGUUCUUGGCGUCCUCAGAUCAAUGGGCGUACUUGAAACAGUCGGUAGCUCAAACAGAGAGAAAUCGGGAAAGGCAGGUGCAAGUAUGCUAGGAGGGAGAAUUGAGAAAGCUGGGAAAAAAUAUAAAGUCAAAGUAGAUAAAGAAAAGAUCCGCAGGUGGGUAGAGAAAGAAGGAUUGAGUUUGGAGAAGUGUGUAAGGGAAGAUGGGUUUGCAGAGGGAUAUGGAUAUGCGGUUAGUGAUGUGAGUGGAGUUAGUGGCGAAGAGAGCUUGAUGGAAAGUAUCGAGGGGAGUGGGGAGGAAGUCGAUGAGGCGGGAGAGGAGGAUGAGUUGGCGUGA